AUGCUCCCCGAUUUAGAAGGCAUAGACUUUUUGCAGGUUGAGCGUGGACCCACGCUGACGCGGCAUCUGGAUAACCUCAUAUUUGAAUUUAUAACCUCAGAGACAGAGUUCCUGGAGCUCCUAACUUACCCCUCCUCUAGUCAAAGGGAUCAGACACCAAUACAAUCCCCAACACUGCCUUCACCCCGGCAUUCUCGGGCCCCGUCCGGAAUACCACACAUAGAAAGACCAUCACCCUCAAUUCGGGGCGCGUGCCAUCAAGAUUUACAAACUUUUGGUAACACUUUUUUUCAGUCCACGAGCAGCAUAUACCAAGAACAAGAGGUACAGAGAGCAUCGUCUGGCGUAUCCACGAAUGGAGAUUCUAACCCCAUCACCAUUCCACUCAAGCAGUGGAAGAUUACACUAUAUGGGCAGGUACCCAUAAGCCCUAUUCCAGAGCCCAUCACAGAGUAUGAGGAGCGUAUAAUAAAGAGCAUUACAAACCGAUACAGAAUAGGGGUAGCACUUAAGGAUACCAUCCCUCUGGUUGCAUACAGCACACGAAUGCAGAUGCAGGAGACAUAUGGCAAUCACCUUUCACGACACUCGACUUUUUAUGGGGCAAAUAGCGUCUAUGAUGAAAGCUCUUCCGUCUCUAUUGCUGACUUUCUGUGUGAGGAGCUCUUUGGGAUGCCGCGAGUCUUGGCCACAUCAUUGUUUCAUGCUAUUUAUUCUAAAGACCCACCACCAGACGUAAGUGAGUUGUCGGAGCAGCACAUACUUCACCUUCCAGAUUCGUUGUCGACUAGUCUCAUCGUUAGUGCGUACAUGACGCACUGCAGGGGCAAAACCUAUGAGGAGCGAUUCUAUGCCUUGUUUUCAGACACAGAAGACCAGGGCAACUGUAUUUCCUUGGCUAGGCUAGCACAUAUACUGUUGAAUGUUCUGGCAUCACACAGUGCAUAUGCAUUUGUAGAACCCUGCACCUACAAGUGCACAUUUGCUACCAUCGCUGCGACUCGGAUCUUUUUUGAUGCGGAUUUAGAAGGCAGAUGGCAUCUUGUAUAUGAUACGACGUACCUCCGUCGCGGCAUUUCUCUUCUGUCGUACCUGUGGUCAGCACAGGGUGCGGAGAGUAUCGUGGGGGACACAGGGCCACUGGGAUAUGAAGCAUUCUAUGUAAUAUACUGCACCUUUGUUAAAAACAGCGACAACGACAUAAAGGGAAAGAUCACAGAAGCACUUAUGCUACAGUACAAUGGAGAGACAUAUUCAAAAAGAUUCGUCAACAGGCUUCUUAACGGCCAAGGAAGGCCCCUGUACAACCGUUACCCAAAUGAAGCAGCCCUCUCCCUUGUAGACUUUACGGUCUUCAUGCUGGCGGAGUGUGCUAUAGACUCAUAUCCUGCUAUACGAUACUUUUUCAAUCUAGCAGACGGAGAUCACGACGGAUUGCUAUCUGUCGAUGAUAUCAAGGUAUGUCUGAUCAAGCAAGCAGAGCAGUGGUCCUGCUAUGGAAUUGAUUUGGCUGUGGACGAGGUUAUAUCUCAACUGAUUGACAUGAUCUGUUUUGUGCCAGAUGACUAUGAAGACCCCGACACAUAUGGAGAGUCCCUCGCACGCCACAAACCCGUGUCUAACCAUUUCUCUCACUUUGAUAAUGUGCCUAGGAACAUAUCUAGCACAGAGCGUGUCACAGACCUUGCCUUUUCCUUUGAGCAAAUACUCCGUUGUGCCAUGCCAUAUAAUAUCUUCAAUGCCAUGUUUAGCGUCAAGCGCUUCAUAUACUUCGAGCAGAGGGAUCCCUACAUAGGCAAUCUCUGCGGGGAUGUUAGGGUUAAGCGACCACUCCGAAUUGCACAUACAAUGUCGAGCACCUGGGCCUCCUUCUCCCUCGCUGCAUAUGAUCAGUUUAUGAUUGACAGCGAAGAGUAG